AUGCUCAAGCUCCUUGAAGGUAUGAUAGAACCUCUUCCACACGACUUGCCUACAUCUAGAAAGAUGCGUUCCCAUCUCUUUCUCGCUGUGAUACCCUUGGCAUCAGCCUCCCCCUUCGCCUCUCAUGACAGCCAACUGACCAUCAGGGACAUCUCCGACUUCCCAUCCAUCGUCUUUGAAUCCCGAUACAGACGUGCCAACACAACUGCACCUCGGUGCAAAUCACUCCCAGGAGACCCAGACUGGCCCAGCGAUGCCGAGUGGGAUCGUCUGAACAGAACGCUCAACGGAGCCCUGCUCAAACCUCUUCCACCUGCAUCCGUCUGUUACCCUUCGUCACCGAAAUACAACCCUUCUGCCUGCUCUACCCUCUUCACCAAGGCGUACUAUCUCGACGAUCCAGUCAGUCCUGCCCAGCAAUGGACGACCGGAAACACUUGUUUGCCGGCUUGGAACCUGAAUUCAACGGGGAACUGGAAUUUGACCUUGACCUGCACACAGGGCGGGUUUCCGGUAAACUCGGGCCACGACUUCGUAGGCCGCAACACCGGUGCCGGCGCCCUCUCUAUAUGGACGCACCACCUCAAGUCUUUCGAAUUUCUCCCCGAGUAUGUUCAACGCGGACACAACCCCCCGUACUCGGGCCCAGCUGUGCGAGUGGGAGCCGGAAUACAGAUCAAGGAUGGUAGGGCCUACUCCGAAAAGUAUAACAUCACGCUUGUGGGUGGGAGUUGUGCAACGGUCGGUUCGUUCGGGGGGUGGCUGGCAGGAGGAGGGCAUUCGGAGUUGAGCUCGAUGUAUGGACUCGGCGUGGAUCAGGCGCUGGAGAUGGGAGUGAUCACUGCGGAUGGACGGUACAGGGUUGUUAGCGCAGAGUCAGAAGGGAGGGAAAGGGAGCUGUUUUGGGCGUUAAGAGGAGGAGGGGCAGUAAGUACUUAUGGCGUGGUAACCUCCGUGGUCGUCAAGGCACAUCCGGCCAUCAAUCUGACCAUCGCCGACUUUUCGUUUGCCGUUCAAAACUCGACACCAUCUACCGGACCGAUCGUAACGAUCAACGACACCGAAGCCUUCUGGCGCGGCUUUAAUGCCGUCUACGCCUUUGGAAUCCCCACCGUCGACGCAGGCGGCUACCUCUGGACCCAGGCCAUCUCCACGGGCAACGGAAGCUUUGUGAUGCAGGUCAAGGUGCAAAUGCCAGGCAGGACGAUAGCCGAGACGAUGAAAUUCGCACAACCUUUGUUUGCAAAGCUUCAGUCCCUCGGGAUCCCGGUAUCAUCGGCCACCAUCACGACGAUGGUGUAUGGCGCUCCCCGUUUCGAAGCCGAAGGCCCUCCAUCGAAUAUGCGCUUCGCGUCCCGUCUCUUCCCCCGUUCGUCCUUCAACAGCACCCUCUUCCCUUCCACCAUGUCUGCCAUCCGGAUAGCCAUCGAAGCCGGCUUCUUCUUCCAUGGCCUCAACCUCUCCCCCACCGUGCGCAUGGGUGAGUAUUCUUAUCCCUCGGCUGUAAACCCUGUGUGGCGCGAGACGGUGAUGCACGCGAACUUGAUGCGUACGACGAUUUUCGCAACGUCGACGGCGGAGGAAGUGGCGGCGGCACAGAAGCUGUUGCAAGAGUACAUGAACGCAAUUCGGGAGGCGACGCCGGGUGGAGGAUCUUAUUUGAACGAGGCGGAUCUCGAGGAGCCGGACUGGCAGCAUGCGUUUUGGGGGAGCAACUAUGCGAAGCUGGUAGAUGUCAAGAGGGAGUGGGAUCCGCUGGGGGUCUUUUGGGCGCCGGCAACUGUAGGGAGCGAGGCAUGGGCGGUUGACAGUCGAGAUGGGUUAAAGAGUCAGAAUGGAAGGCUUUGUCGGGUUGGGUCGUGA